AGUGUUUUCAUAUUGGUCAGACUGUCAUGCUGUAUCAUGAGCUUCAUGAACAUGCAUCUGUUUAGAAAACAAAUGUGAAUCUAGAAAUGUUAUAAAUCAGUUUCUUUAUACGCUAGAAACGAAUUAAGAAGAAGAACUGGAUUGUAGUUGAUCGUCAAUUGUUAUCUGUCUAGGUUUUAGGAAUGCCUGCUUUUCGCCAGGUUGGGGAGAAACAGCUCCCAAAUCCUAUUCUGUACAUGGCCUGGUCUCCGAAGAGAGAUCUGAUUGCCCUGGCUAACACUGCAGGAGAGCUUCUCCUGCAUCGCCUUGCAAACUUCCAGCGUGUCUGGAGUUUACCACCCAAUGAGAACACAGGAAAAGAGAUCACGUCACUGGCCUGGAGACCUGAUGGGAAAAUCCUUGCAUUCAGUGUGGGAGACACGAAACAGGUGGUGCUGUGUGAUGCAGAAAAGGCAGAGAUCCUCCACUUGUUCCCAGUGAAAUACCCUGUGUCCUGCAUGCACUGGAUGGAGGUGCAAGACGACAGUAGUACGUUGUCCUCAUUCAGCGAGUCAGAGGAUGAGUCUAGCCGUUUCCUUCCAAAGUUACCAACUCUUCCCAAAAACUACAGCACCACAUCAAAGAUAUUUAGUGAAGAGAAAUCAGAUGGAGUCACAAACCUUUUGGGGGAUGUGAGGCUCAAUAUUCUUGUGGUGGGUGGGCCCUCUGGGUUUGUAGAGCUGUAUGCGUAUGGCCUAUAUAAGAUUGCCACGCUGAGUGGGAUCUCAGGGACCUGCCGUAGUCUCGGACUUUCCAGUGACCUCAAGUCCCUCUCAGUUAUUACAGAGAUUAGAUCCACAGAAGACAAUCCUGAGAUUCAUUACAUACAGCUGGACACUGGGCUGCUUUCUUCAUGUUUGCCUGAGUUGACCAAGAUGGCACGCAAGUUUACACACAUUUCAACAUUGCUACAGUACCUGCGUCUCUCACUCACCUGUAUGUGUGAAGCAUGGGAGGAGAUUCUUAUGCAGAUGGACCUCCGCCUCACUAAGUUUGUCCAGGAGAAGAACACGAGCACUCAGGUUCAGGAUGAGUUUCUGGAGCUACUGCUGUGGGGUCAUGCAAGCCCUGAACUUCAGGCUCUUCUCAUGAAUCAACUCACAGUCAAGGGUUUGAAGAUGUUGGGCCAGUCCAUUGAUUCUUCGUACUCCAGUAUCCAGAAACUUGUUAUCAGUCACUUGCAGAGUGGCUCAGAGGCUCUGCUGUAUCAUCUGAGUGAGGUCAAAGGAAUGGCACUCUGGAAGCAGAAGUUUCAACCUCUCGGCCUGGAUCCUGCAGCCAUCGAGGAUGCUAUUGUAGCAGUGGGCUCUUUUACCCUGAAGGCCAGUGAACUUUUACAAGUCAUUGAUAAGAGUAUGAAGAACUUCAAAGCUUUUUUCCGUUGGCUGUAUGUUGCAAUGCUUCGAAUGUCUGAAGAUCAUGUUCCUCCUGAGCUUAACAAGAUGACUCAGAAGGAUCUGGCUUUUGUGGCUGACUUUCUGUCUGAGCAUUUCAGUGCUAACGAGGAGCUGUUUGAUCGGAAAGGGAAGUAUUUUAAUGUUGAGCGCGUUGGACAGUACUUGAAGGAUGAAGAUGAAGACUUGGUGUCUCCCCCCAACAUGGAGGGUAACCAAUGGGUGAUGUUUGUUAAGCAGAGCACUCACCUGAAAGACAGUCCACUGCUCUUCCCCACGUACCCACAGAAGUCUCUGCACUUUGUCAAGAGAAUGAUGGAAGGCUCCAUUGAUCUGUGCUUACAGAAACCAGCCGAGGUCAUUGGGCAUUCAGUAAAACAAGCUAUGUGUUUAAAAUUGUACACUGUGCCUGAGAGCUCUGAAAAUACACCAAGGCUGUUUGAGCUUCCAUCACUGUGGAAUGAUAAGAAGGCUGGUAUGCAUUAUGUAGUAUUCUGCAUGCCAGAAAUCUCUCCAUCUAAAAUGUAUAUACUAAGGAGAGCAACAGACCCCAACAGGUCUAUGCCUAAUGGUCUGGUGGCCCUUAACAUCAACACUCCUCUCAAUUCUAGUAUAUCUAGUAUAGAUGAUGAAGCACCAACAUCAAAUUCUAUUGACUCCAUGUACGGUUGCCUUGAUGCCCGUUUCUAUGAUGAUGAGACAUUGACCGUGAUAUUGCGAAGUCUGGAAGACGAUGAGAAUAAGAUGCGUGUCCUCGUUCAGCUUCCUCUAAACUCUGUUUUAAGCUGGGAGCAGGAGUUCAUCUGGGACCUUACGCUCAGGCUGGAGCAGCAGACAGAAGGGAUCCCUGUCCAGGGUCUGACCUGGGGAAACCAGAGCAGAGAGUUGGUGAACAUUAAAGCUCAGUUUGUGGCUGUUAAUGGGAUCCGCAAAGUGGCCUGUGUGCUGAGUGCCAAUCUGAGGCAUGUACGUGUGUUUGAAAUGGAUGCAGAGGAGGAAGAGGAGGAGGAAGAGCGUGCCGAUGAGUCACAGGAAAUGAGCUCAGACCAGGACAGACUUGAGGAUACAUUGAUCAAUCAGAGUGAUGUGGGAGGAGGAGGAGAUGGAGGGGGUGGGGCUGAGGAUGCUCAGGUGACAGGGCAAGGGUCAGGAAGCAUUCUGGACAACACUGCAGGGUCAGAUACACUUUGAACAUUCACCAUAUCUGGCACCUGAACUAUGGACUCUUCUACAAACUCAGAAUCACUCCAUGAUUACCAGUUUUUGUCAUGUACUUUAUGUACUAAAAAUAAAAAUAUUUUGUGAUAAAGAAACUGAACAUUUCACAUUCGCAUUUAUAAAUAAA